CUUUUUCAUAUAUUUACUAAUCAUUUACUGAUUACGAACUGCAAAUAGUGCAUAACAUUUACAAGCAGAUUGCUUUUUAACGGUCAUUUUAAGAUGGGCGCUUAAAUAAAUUGCCCGAGUUGGCACCACUGCAAUCGGUUUUAUUGUUGCAAUACACAUUGAAAUGAGUCGUUUUUCCUCAUUGUGAAAUAAAUUCGUAGUAUAAUUGAGAACUUGAGUCAAAAGAACUCAGUGACAAUUUGAACACUGACAUGGAGAGCGACAACCAGGAAAGUAACACCGUCGAAGGCGCAGCCCCUGCUCCUGAAAAUGACUCAUCGCCUGUUUUGAACGUUCUGUGCGCUAUUUGCAAUGAGUUUUUUCGUGCGAACAACAUUAUAUUCUCGACCGCCCACUGCGGUCAUGUUUUCCACAAGGAUUGUCUAACUCGCUGGCUGAACAGAUCCUCAACCUGCCCGCAGUGCAGAUCAAUCUGCAACCGGAAUCGCGUCCACCGCUUGUACCUGAACUUUGCCGAAGCCACGGACUUCGAUGAUACUGAGGCGCCCAAGCAGCCGAUCGAUUGGAUUCCCAUGGAUCUGGAUAGGAACGGUCCACGGGAUGCCCACCUCCCUCCUGAGGGAGCCGUGCAGUGCGGCACCAAUGAGGAUGGACAUCCAUCAUUUGUGGCCAGGGCAUACUUCAAAGACGAUCUCCUGCCCUCCGUUUAUGUUCCACUAAAGAAGGCGGCUUUCGGAUCGUAUGCCUGUCGGGCCUACACCCUCACCGACGACGUGGAGCUAUUGGUACUGACUGACUGUGAUUACAAGUGGGUGGCCGGACAACACGGCAGUGUUCCGCAAGAUGCUCUGCCCACCGGGUACUCUGAAAUCGGCGAAACCACCUUCAUGGGACGCGGCCCGUACGAAGGCAUCAUGCGGCUGGGAAAGGUACAUCCCAGCCACAAGGUGAUGUACAUACCGCAUCGGGGUCAGGAGGUCAAUAUCAACACCUAUGAGGUUUUAGUGGUCACACCUCGUGAUCAGGCUGACCGAUAAUGAUGAUACAGCGUUAAGAAAUCUCUAUUUGCCUUAUGUCCUUUAAGUGUAAAAUUCUGUGUUAAAUGUUUGUCUAUUAUGUUUUGGGAAAAAUAAUAGCACCUUUAUAUCCAUAAAUCCAUAAACGAUAGCUUUCAAGCUAUGUUUUGUCUAAGCUUAGUUAUCAGUAAUGUCCAGUACUUAGGUUUCUCAGGUUUCUUGCUUGAAAUGUAAACCACAUGCUGAUAAUAAAAAAACCAAGAAAAUAAAAGA